AUGGUAGGCUAUCAGCGACCGGCGCCUUCAACACGAAGAUCAAUGCGUCCUCCUCCUCGACCACAUCCUGCUCAACAUGCCUCGAUGACGGGUCGUGCCCCGUCUCCCGCAGAGUCGAUCGUCUCGACCGCUGGAACGAAGAGGAAAGAAAGAGAUUUUGAUCAAGAUCACGGCGAAGAGACGAACAUUCAUGUUGUGGUACGGUGUCGAGGCCGCAGCGACCGAGAAGUGCGAGAGAACAGCGGGGUUGUGGUAUCAACAACCGGCGUCAAGGGCAAAAAUGUCGAGUUGUCGAUGGGGCCAAAUGCAAUCAGCAACAAGACCUACCACUUCGACAAGGUCUUCUCGCCCGCCGCAGAUCAAGCCAUUAUCUUUGAAGACGUAGUCGCACCGAUAUUGAACGAGAUGAUGACGGGCUACAAUUGCACAAUUUUCGCAUAUGGCCAGACGGGCACAGGGAAGACAUACACGAUGUCUGGCGACAUGACCGACACCUACGGGUUACUCUCAGAUGCAGCUGGUAUCAUACCCAGGGUACUCUAUUCAUUGUUCCAGAAAUUGGAAGCUGAAGAGUUGGAAUGUUCGGUUAAGUGCUCGUUUAUCGAAUUGUACAACGAAGAGCUGCGAGACUUGCUGUCACCGGACGAUGCGAUCAAGCUGAAAAUCUAUGACGAUUCUAACAAUAAAAAGAGCCAUUCCGCAACCGUGGUCCAAGGAAUGGAAGAGUCACACAUCAACAGCGCCGCAGCAGGAAUCAAAUUGCUACAGCAAGGCAGCUACAGACGACAGGUUGCCGCGACAAAAUGCAACGACUUGAGUUCGCGAAGCCACACGGUCUUCACCAUUACCACCUACGUCAAGAAGCCAAGUGAGAGCGGAGAGGAUUUCAUCUGUUCCGGAAAACUCAACCUUGUCGAUCUUGCAGGCAGUGAGAACAUCCAGAGAAGCGGCGCCGAGAACAAGCGAGCUGCAGAGGCCGGCCUCAUCAAUAAAAGUUUACUGACUCUUGGGCGUGUGAUCAAUGCACUUGUGGACAGGAGUGCUCACAUUCCCUAUCGCGAAUCGAAACUCACGAGGCUACUUCAAGAUUCCCUAGGUGGCAGGACGAAGACUUGCAUCAUCGCAACAGUAUCUCCCGCAAAGAGUAACCUCGAGGAAACAAUUUCAACUCUCGACUACGCCUUCCGAGCAAAGAAUAUUCGGAAUAAGCCUCAAGUCAAUUCCAUGAUCUCGAAGAAGACGUUGCUUAGGGAGUUUACCAAUGAGAUCGAGAAGCUCAAGAGCGAAUUGAUCGCCACUCGACAACGCAAUGGCGUAUAUCUGACCAACGAUCAAUACGAAGAGAUCACGGUCGAGAGCGAGUCUAGGAGGAUCCUUAGCGAGGAGCAAAAGGCACGUAUUGAAACCAUGGAGGUCAGCUUGCGCAACAAAGUCCAAGAGUUGUUCAAUUUGACCAAUAAUUUCACCACACUCAAACGAGAUACUGAGGCAACAAGAUCGACGUUAGAGAACACCAAGAGUACCCUUUUACAAACUGAAGCGGUAUUAGCAGAUACUGCAAGAAAUCUUGCUGAAGAAGCUGUUCUGCGCGAAGCACACGAAGAAACAGAAGAAAAGCUGUUCAGAAUCGGCACAGAGCUGGUCUCGACGGUUGACAUGUCAGUAGGGGAUGUCCACAGACUUCACGCGAAACUACGGCGAAGAUCCGACCUUCAUGCCCAAAACCAGGGAUCAUGGAAGACCUCGGUCGAUAACGUGGCUACUGUCUCAGACCUUGUUGAUGCCGAAAUUGAGCGUUUUCAAGCAGCCCACGCAGAAUUAAUACAGGCCAGCAAGAAAAGAAUGGCAGAAUUCUUGUCGGCCCAGAGAACACACCUCGAAAGUUCAGCGAAGAUGGUUUUAUCCAAAGCGACAGAGCUCGACAAAAGCCGUCUUGUGAUUAAUGGCCAAUCCAUGAAAGCCAAGGAUGAUAUGAAUUCUGUCCUUGAAGAAAUCAAGGACCUGCGUGAAAGCGUCAAGGAAAAGGUGGGCGAAGGUCUGCAGGGGCUGUCCGAUGCAGCGGCCAAGAUUUCACAGGAAGUCAUAUUGGAGCUCGAACAAUUUCAUUCUCAGUUGCAUACAUCCUACAGUGGCCUAGGAAAAGAUGUAAAGACCAUGUUUGAUGAGCUGACGAAGCAGUUAACAGCUCAGCGUGAAGAGGCAGACACUCUGAGAUUCGCACUGCAAGAAGCAAACAGAGCAAACAUCGAGUCGCAGCUAGCCGUCUCUACACAGCUCCAGACCAUCCGGGAUGACGAAAGAAGAAUCGCGGAAGAGGAGAGGCAAAAACUCAAGGAACAGAUUUUCCAACUCGUCGAUUCAUCGUCUCAGAGACAGCAAGAACGAAUUUCGGACAGUCUGAUUAAGGCCCAGACCAAUCUUGUUGGCGCCGCCGAGCAAUUCGAGAGCGCGGAUAAGGAGUAUCGCGACAAGAUGGACCAAUGGGCAGAGGAUGAUACGGGUCUGAUGACCAUGGUGGUCAAGGCGAGGGAAGAUAUCAAAACCAAAAUGAAAGGGGAUUGGACUGCUAUCAACACGCGAAACUCAGCGAUACAGAAAUCCACCAAAGCAAUUCACGAAGAGUCCACCAAGAUUGUUGAUGCUCAGCUGAUCCAGAUGUCUACGCAGAUGGCCACCCUGGAUGGUUUUGUGACAAGGGCGCGUUCGCAGAUCGACCAUGAUCAUGCGGAAAGAAGCCAAAACUUGGACAAGCUCGUCUCGAACGUCAAUGAGGGCUUUGCCAGCCUCGAGAAAAACUCAAUCGAGCAGAAGACGAUUCUGGACAAUUUUGAGGGGGAAAUUCAGACACACUCCGAUGGAGAAGGUCUCGUCGCAUCCUUCCGGGACACCGUUAAACCACACUUACAAGACCUGAAGUCCGAGGUGACGAGGUCAACAUUCAAAGACUACCUACCUACCGGACAGACGCCUCAGAAGCGCGACUGGGAAUACCCUACCACCCUUCCGCGUACGGAACAUCAUGAGUCUAUCAUUGCAAGGUUGCAUGGUCUCCCUGAUCCAGCACUCACUUCAAAAACUCCAACUUCAAAAACACCAGCCCACUCUCCCCGCAAGCAGAUAUCGCCUAGGAAAGGUUUUAGCUCCCCUAACAAGACGGCCAGUCCCAGUAAGACGAGAGUGUUUAAUGAUGUCGACUUGUCCACCGAUCUACAACACCAAGCCAACCAACAAAAUCAAGAUGCGACGGCCACAGUGCCAGUUGAUCAGAGUAAGGCGGGCACAAGCUUGAAGGAGAUUGAUAUCAAUGUUCUUGGUCGUCCGCAUUCGGGCCUAUCUGUGCCUUCCCUAGGUGCGUCAGUGGUUGAGGAAAAAGAGCGAGAACGCGAAGGACGGCCUGUUCUCCUGGAUUUUAGCAAGAGUUUGGGCCAUGGCUCGGGACAGCCGCCGCUUAAGAGACAUGCGACAACAAAUGCGGUUGUGGAGAGCAGACUGCCAGCCAAACAGAAAUUCGCACGAGCUAAAAGUACAAUGACGGGUAUGGGGGUUAACACAGGGAUCGAGAAUUUCAGUCAAUCGGUUGGACCGACCAUAGGAGGGAGAAGACUGAGGAGCAUGAUGAGUCCACCGGAAUAA